AUGUUGCCACUGCUUACUGAAAUUUCCUUCCACAGGUAUUAUCAGAAAUCAGCAGACAGCGGUUCUAAUAAUGCGGUUGCGGAACUCAACAAGCUAUUUGAUAGCUAUCGCGAUGAUCCUGUAGGAAAUCCAGAUGUCAUUGGGAUUGAAGGUGCUGUUAGCUGCGACACGAUUUCGAAACAAGCCUCCUACGCAUCCAUGCUUCGCGCCCGUAUCCCAAACGAACCCGACCUUUUCCGCCGCGUAUAUCGCUACACCUUCAUCAUCUGCCGUCUAGCGGGUCAGCGCAACCUCACUCUCGAUAUAGCCACGGAGCAGUGGCGACUCUUUUUUACAACUACCAAUGGUGGUAUCAACUGGAACACGCGCAGCACGCCCUGGCUCGACUGGUGGAUUGAGUUCGUUGAGGAAAGCUGGAAGAGACCUGUCAAUAAAGACUUAUGGGAACAGGUCGAGGUGUUUAUGAGAAAGACAAAGGAGGAUGAAACGUUCGACUGGUGGAGCGAGGAUGGCGCGUGGCCGGGUGCUAUUGAUGAGUUUGUUGGAUUGUUUUUGCUCAUUGCAUGCUACCUUUGUGUAUGA